UGUGAAACAGCUAUAUACAGUGCAUACAGUAUCAACAAGGACGUUGCUUUAAAAAAAAAAAAAAAAAAAUCAGUGAGGUGAGGGAGGGGCUUGUAAUAUGUAAGGCAAGUUCCUCAAAAGUAGAUCCUGUAAGAACUCUCAAGAAUGAAGAACUACACCUACAGAGAGUGGGUGACUGUAUGCCGACGAUUAGGCUGUCAGGAAAUACAGCACACUUCUGAAUUUCAGGGUUUCAAAUGUGCUUGCUCGUCUCACCAGUAAAAAAGACACCCUGAUACACACGUAAAAGAAGAGAACUCUGUAUAGAAAUAUAUGUGUAUGUGUUGUUUUUUUUUCAUUUAUUUUCUGCUGGACAGAAGUUGUUUUUUAAUAACGUUAAAGAAUGGAUUUUACAGCAAAGUGGAUUUUCCAAGGAUGGAUUAUGCUUGUACUGCUGUGUCAGGUCAACUUUUACACCAAGGCAGUCCCAAUAGCACCUUCUCAGUGCAACACUGAGCACGAAUAUCUGCAGGAUGGAAAGUGCUGCAGAAAGUGCAAGCCAGGAGAGUACUUGUCAGCUCGUUGCACGACAGUGUCUGACACCGAUUGCAAGCCUUGCGGAGAAAAACAAUAUCAACCUUACUGGAACACAGACAACAGAUGCAUGUCCCAAAAAAUCUGUGACAAAGAGAGGGGCUUGCAAGCAUCUCAGCAUGAAAACAAAACAGCCCCUGUGAAGUGUGCAUGCAUGCCUGGCUUUCAGUGCGCAAUCAUGGACUGUGAGUUCUGUGAAAGAGUGAGGGUUUGCGGCCCAGGAUAUGGAGUCAUACAAGGAGUAAAUACUCUUAACAAUCUAUGUGAAAAGUGUCCCCACGGCUCAUUCUCAGCAGUCUUCUCGGCAACAGAACCUUGCAAGCAGUGGACUGACUGCAAGACUCUUGGAAAGAAUGAAGUUCAUCAUGGGAAUGAGACCGUGGAUGUGCAAUGUGGGCCUACAGCUACAACUUUGGGGAAUGUGAUAAUAUGUGUAGUUGUAGUUCUUUUAAUAAUCCUUGUGUCAACAUUUGGCAUAUGCCUGGUUUGCAACAAAAACAAGAUGAAAGGAAUUUCUGAGGAUUUUCGAAAGAUCUAUACAAAUGUUAAUGGAAGGACACAGCAGGAGACAACACAUCCGAAGGAAAAUGAUUCCUUUCUAGAAGUCACACUUCUGUUGAAAAAUGAAGAGAAACCAUGUGACUUUCUGAAUACUUGCUCAACCAGUGAUGUAUUGAGUGAAGACUCAGUUCCACUUGAACCAGCAGCAGGAUGUUCUGAACCUGUAGAGGACGAGACUGAAGAGAGUGCCUUAAAUUCUGAAGUUGACAGUGCAUCUCAUGGCCCUGCUCCCUUAGCAUCCAGCAGCUGCAGUUCAUGUAGCUGUGUGUCCCAUUUAAAACGACCCGUGGAAGCAGGUGAACAGGAUGACUUCAGUCAAUUUGUUUCAAUAGGAAACUCUGUGAGCUGCUCUUGUGCAAAUGGCACCAACAGUAGGCCAAAAUCCCUCCAAGAGGUUUGUUACUGUAGUCACUGCUGUGGGAGUGUCACAGGAUGCCUGGACUGUGAAUACAAAGGCGACUUGCAGGAUAUUCCGUGUCUUUCAGUGGAUUGCUGUAGCUGUACUACAAGGGAAGCCUCGCUGGGGGAUAAAGGGCCCAGCUUUGGGAAUCAAGCUGGCAAAACCUCUUCAGAAAACAGAUUGAAUGGGCACUGCUGGUGCAGUAUGGACUCAAUGAAUGGCCCUGUCCAGUCUUCAUUCACUGACAAUAGUGAGGGCAUUCCCUCAGAUGACUGUCAUACACAGACACAAAACCCAAACAGUAAAACUCCAGACCCUAGAUCAAAUUCAUCAAGCCAUAAUUCAGACCCUCCAUCAGCAUCUGGAAACAUGACAGGGAACAAAAACACCACAUUCAUAUCUAAUGGACAAGUAAUGAACUUUAGUGGAGACGUCAUUGUUGUUUAUGUCAGUCAAAACUCCCAGACAAGCACUGGCAGAACUGAGGAAACCUUUGGCUGUCCGGUGCAAGAGGAGAACAGUGGGGGCAUUUCUGAGGAUGACACCAAACAGGAGCAGGAUGAUCUCCCACAAGUUAAUAUAGCUUAUCCAUUGCAAGAGGGAACACAGAACAAGAAGGAAGGGCCCGUCAGGAGUACCACAAUCCCUAUUCAAGAGGAGAGCACACAGUGGACACAGCAGAAGUGUGUGUGACAAUGGGGUCUUCCUCAUAAGAAAUGGGAAAAGUGACAAGUCUGCACAUACUUGUUAUCAGUGGUGCUGAAGUUUGCUGGACACAUUUUUUACAUUCAUUCCUUAAUGAUAAAGGCGUCUUCCAAAUAAAUAAAUAAAUAAUAAUAAUGAUGUUGUUUGGAAUUAAAUACAUGACAGGCCCAACCUUCUGGUCAACCAUUUGGGUCUCUUUUAGUGAGAUUUUCCAAUGCUGACGACAUAAAUGCUGUGCAUUUGAUAAAUGAAGGGAUGUCUGAAAAUUAAUUGCAUUUAUAUUUGUUUUAUUAUUUAAAAAGAAAUGUGUGUGCUCAUUACAGUGUUAAUUGCGGCUAUUUAAAAAACUAUUUGAAUUCAAUUUAUAAAUUUUUUUAUUGCAAUUUUAAAUGUAACCUCAACAAACAAUACAGCACCUGUGCUUUUGAACGGUUAUUAAAUUAAUUGCAAGCCACUAUUAAAUACAUUAAGUAAGUACAGCAACAUCAGGCAUAGACAUCUUCUGGAAGGCCACUCUUGACCAGGAUCAACAGGUAUAAUUAAAAAAACAACUGCUUUAGACCUAGAUGGACGUUUCAUUGACCAGGUUUGAAAGGGUCCCUUCCUGGUUUAAGUCACUUCUUUUGGUUUCAGUUCAGUCCUUGGUAGACACAAAGCCAACCACAUACUGUCAUUAAUUAUUUGCAUUGUCUGUCUCUGGGAGAUUUAACAGUGUGGCUGUUUCCGACAUAGACACUGAUUGACCCCUUACAUAAGAUCCAAGAUUAGUGCUUAGCAGAAGCCUUUCAGGGGGGUGCAUGAGUUUUACACUGUUUAUGUCAGAGCUUGAGAACCACAGCAAAAAUGCACUGAGGGCUUGUCCCUGUAAAGAACUAGAUGGGCCGUUGGAACCAUGCAGUGUGGAAAACCACUGCGGGAAGUAGUCUUUAUUGCUUGUUUAUAAAACAUGUUUGCUCAUUCAAAAUAAAUACAUUUGACAUUUCUAUUUUACUUUUGUAUACUUGCAUGCUCAAAUUAUCCAUAACAAUUGAAACACAUUUCUGCAACAAAUUAGUUAAAUGCUGGUCUUUGGUGUUUUUAUACACCCACCAAGUUCUUUUUCAUUGGAAAGGUUUGGAAACUUAAAGGCAACAUGCAUUUAAAUGUCCAUGUCUUGAUGAUAUACUUUUUUUUUUUAAUUUAAGACUUAUACAAUAAAAAAAAGCACAGGGAAUCAUUUUCACCAUAAAUAUGUAAUUGAAGCAUGCUCAUAUGAGCAAUAAGCCUUAAAAAGACAUUUUUAUGAUUUUUAUCAUGCUCUUGAUUUUUGUCAUCAUUGAUGUAGCAUUGGUGGGUGUUUUUGAGUUAUCUUCCAACUUAAAAAAAAAAAAAAAACUUUCCCCUAUUGUCAAUGUAACCAGUUUUGCAUUGGCACACCACAGGUCAAUUAAUAUUAGGAGAAAACCAAUGGCUGGAUUUAGAAAGGUAUUGAAAAAGAGCUGUAAUAUCAGUAGCUGCAAAUAUUGGAACCCCAUAAAUCAGGAAAGGUUGCCAAUGCGACAAAAGACUUUGAAAACUCACAUUAAAUCAAAUUCAAGACAUUUAGAUGCUACGGUAAAGCCAACGAGAUACACAGUAUGGCUACCAGUCAUUCAUUAUUGCACAAACCAUAUUAACUGGUAUUUUGUGUCAAUACUUAUCACAACGGCCACUGUAGAACAACUUGAAAAGACCUGUGAAUAAAUCAAAGAUUCAUGGUUGAUCUCCAAGGUGAAUCAGUAUCAGGUGUUAUUCUGUAAAAGCUGAAAAUAAAAUAUCCAUCUGACUGCUGUAUUAACAUAUCACCUGAUGAAUAAUUCCCUGAACAAGCAGUAUACAUUCCAAACAGUGCCCAGACAAAAAUAAAAAGGAAGGCACAUACCAAGCAUGCCACUGAUUAACAAAAGGCAAGGCAAGGUAUGGAAUGCAUUGUAUAUGGUGUACUUUAACAGCACCAAGGAACAAAGAGCUUGGGGUUUUGUAUUUAUUCCCAGCACACCAAUCUUUCCUGAAUUUUUCCACCAGUUCUUCUCACAAGAUUUUCAGUGAGAAAAAAAUGUAAUAAUAAUGUACACUCCUAAAUCUACAACAUAAGGGCACUUUGGCCUAACCAAAUGUGUUGAUAGGAUAAUACUAAAUAUUAAGGCAAGCCAAUUCAAACAGUUGCAUCCAGUUUCAAUACUGCUGCCUAACUUAUAGUUGAGUUAUUCUCAAGUUCAGAUAUUUUUUCUAAGUAUUUUAAUCUUUCCUAUCAAAUUAUUGGAAAUUAUAAUUAAGAAAUUAAAAUAUUAUAACCAUGACAUUAUAAACAUGUAUUUAAAGACAUUUUUUUCUUUAUUAUCAACAUUUCUUGUUAAAUACUUUUUUUUAUUUUUUAUUUUAUUUAAAUACAUUUAUAAAAAAAAACUUUAGGGAGACAUUUCAAUAGAAUAUGUAUCCAUAUUGCUAUUCACAUAUAUAUUAUAAAUAUUAUUAUAAUAUAUUAUUAUACAUUAUAUGUAUGUUGUAGUAAAACUUCCAACCACAUUACAUUUCUUUGAACAUAUUUUGAUUAAUUGUCAAAGGGGACCUCAAUACAAUUCCUUGCAUUAAAAAUAUUUAGGAGUUAAGAAGUAAAAGAAAAUUUGGGUACAAGAUUUUUUGCUUAAUAAGAACAAUUAAGUUUUCUUAAUUUUUUUUUUAAUACUGUACUUAUUUUAAUGUAUUUUUUGUACAUGUCAGAAAACUAAAACUCAAAAACACACAUUAAAUAAAAUCCAAUCUCAACGGAGAGAAAUCCUGCUGUUUGUUGGCUGCCUGUGUAUAUGUACAGUAAAUGUCAAUCAUGUAGAGGAAUUUGAGUAUACCUCCAGAACUACUGUCAGUGGCCUGCUCACCUGCUGCUGUAGAACCAUAUCACUCCACAAGCCUAACACCACUUGAUGGUUUCAUGUAUUGAGGUUCCGCCCCAUGAAGCGAGUUCUGACAUUUCUUUCUGAAUAUAGUUCUUAUUGUUAUUAUCUCCCAACUGUUAAUUUCAUGAAGGGUCACCUGAGCAAUAAUGUAAGUGAAUGCCAGCCAAAGAAAACCAUCA